CGCCCCUUCUAGGGUCCCGGGGCCCUGCGGCGGGGGCUGCCGGGGGGGAGUCAGUUGAGGCGGAGGGAGCUCGGCGGAGGGCGGGCCAGGUGUCUGGUCCGGGCCAUGCCGAGGAAGAAGCCCUUCAGCGUGAAGCAGAAGAAGAAGCAGUUGCAGGACAAGCGAGAGCGGAAGCGAGGGCUUCAAGAUGGGCUGCGCUCCAGUUCCAACAGCCGCAGCGGGAGCCGGGAGCGGCGAGAGGAGCAAACCGAUACCUCGGACGGGGAGUCUGUGACCCAUCAUAUCCGCAGGCUCAACCAGCAGCCUUCCCAGGGGCUGGGCCCGCGAGGCUACGACCCAAAUCGAUACCGGCUGCAUUUUGAGCGGGACAGCAGGGAGGAGGUGGAGAGGAGAAAGAGAGCAGCCCGAGAACAAGUGCUACAGCCUGUCAGUGCCGAGGUGCUGGAGCUGGACAUCAAGGAGGUCUAUCAGCCUGGCUCAGUCCUGGACUUUCCCCGACGUCCUCCUUGGAGUUAUGAGAUGUCUAAGGAGCAACUCAUGAGUCAGGAGGAACGGAGUUUCCAGGAGUAUCUUGGGAAGAUUCAUGGGGCUUACACCUCUGAGAAACUCAGCUACUUUGAGCACAAUCUGGAGACAUGGAGGCAGCUGUGGCGAGUGUUAGAGAUGUCUGACAUUGUCUUGCUCAUCACUGAUAUCCGACAUCCAGUUGUGAAUUUCCCGCCAGCACUUUAUGAGUACGUGACUGGAGAACUUGGGCUGGCCCUGGUGCUUGUCCUGAACAAGGUGGACCUGGCCUCGCCAGCUCUCGUGGUUGCCUGGAAGCACUAUUUCCACCAACACUACCCUCAGCUCCACAUUGUCCUUUUCACCUCUUUCCCUCGGGAUAUCCGCUUCCCACAGGACCCUGGUAGUGUCUUGAAGAAGAGUCGGAAGCGAGGGAGAGGGUGGACUCGGGCCCUGGGACCGGAGCAGCUGCUGAGAGCCUGUGAAGCCAUCACUGCGGGGAAAGUGGACUUGAGCAGCUGGCGGGAGAAGAUUGCUCGGGACUUGGCAGGGGCCACCUGGGGUAAUGGAUCUGGGGAGGAGGAGGAAGAGGAUGAUGCACCGGCAGUCCUGGUGGAGCAGCAGACUGAUUCAGCAAUGGAGCCAAUCGGCCCAACCCGGGAGCGCUACAAGGAUGGGGUGGUGACCAUCGGCUGUGUGGGUUUCCCCAACGUGGGAAAGUCCUCGCUGAUCAACGGGCUGGUGGGGCGGAAGGUUGUGAGUGUCUCCAGAACACCGGGCCAUACCCGAUACUUUCAGACCUACUUCCUCACCCCCUCUGUAAAGCUCUGCGACUGCCCAGGCCUUGUCUUCCCCUCUCUCCUCCCCAGGCAAUUGCAGGUUCUGGCAGGGAUCUACCCCAUCGCCCAAAUCCAGGAGCCAUAUACAGCUGUGGGCUAUCUGGCCUCCCGAAUCCCUGUGCAGGCCCUCCUCCACCUGCGCCACCCAGAGGCUGAGGACCCCUCAGCAGAACACCCCUGGUGUGCCUGGGACAUCUGUGAAGCCUGGGCAGAGAAACGUGGUUACAAGACAGCCAGGGCUGCUCGGAAUGACGUGUACAGAGCAGCCAACAGCCUCCUGUGGCUGGCAGUAGACGGCCGCCUAAGCCUGUGUUUUCAUCCCCCAGGCUACAGUGAACAGAAAGGCACCUGGGAGUCCCAUCCAGAGACCACAGAGCUGGUGGUUUUGCAGGGCAGAGCGGGACCGGCAGGUGAUGAGGAGGAGGAGGAAGAAGAGGAAGAGCUGAGCAGCUCCUGUGAGGAGGAGGGAGACGAAGACAGGGAUGCAGAUGAGGAGGGGGAAGGGGAUGAGGACACCCCAACCUCAGCUCCAGGGUCCAGCCUGGCCACCCGAAACCCUUAUGCCCUUCUGGGUGAGGACGAAUGCUGAGUUCCCCUGCCACGCCAUCUUCCCCACCCAGUAUCUUUGCUUUUGGACUGACCUGGGGUUAUCUCCCCUCUGCCGCCCCAAUUGUGAAUAAAGAUUGUCUGCUUUGUAUCCCC